AUGGCGCUGAGAGGGGUGCGGGUGCUGGAGCUGGCCGGCCUGGCGCCGGCGCCGCUCUGCGGCAUGAUCCUCGCCGACUUUGGGGCGCAGGUCGUGCGAGUGGACCGGCUGCCCCGCUCCGUCGUGGCCACUGACGUUCAGGGCCGCGGCAAACGGUCUUUGGUGCUCGACCUCAAGCAACCUGCGGGCGCGACGGCUUUGAGGCGGUUGUGCCUCGGCACGGACGUGCUCAUCGACCCGUUCCGCCACGGUGUCAUGGAAAAACUUGGACUUGGACCCAAGGUCCUUCUACAGGAGAAUCCCAGUCUUAUCUAUGCUAGACUUACUGGAUUUGGCCAGUCAGGAAAAUACGCCAAGUCUGCAGGUCAUGACAUCAAUUAUUUGGCUUUAUCGGGUGUGCUGUCAAAGCUGGGUAGAAAGGAUGAAAAUCCUUAUGCACCUGUCAAUCUUCUGGCUGAUUUCGCUGGUGGAGGUGUCCUGUGUGCCUUGGGCAUUGUUACAGCCCUGUAUGAACGCACCAAGUCUGGCAAAGGGCAGGUCAUUGAUGCAAGUAUGGUAGAAGGAGUAGCAUACCUGAGUUCUUUCCUGUGGAAAUCACAGAAUUUGGGACUUUGGAACAGGCCUCGGGGUGAAAACUUGCUGGACAGUGGUGCACCUUUUUAUGAAACCUACAAGACCUCUGAUGGGAAGUUCAUGGCUGUUGGUGCCAUUGAGCCUCAAUUCUAUGAGCAGUUAAUAAAGGGUCUUGGUCUGCGUUCAGAUAAACUUCCCAGUCAGUUGAGUUUCUCUGACUGGCCUGAAAUGAAGAAGAAAUUUGCAUCCAUAUUUUCACAGAAGACACAAGCUGAGUGGUGCAGCAUAUUCGAUGGUACUGAUGCCUGUGUGACCCCUGUUUUAUCCUUUGAUGAUGUUGCCUCACAUCAGCAUAACAAAGAAAGAAGUUCUUUCAUAAAAAAUGACCAGGAAGAGAUAAGCCCUAGACCUGCUCCUCUUCUAUCAAGGACCCCUGCUCUUCCAUCAUUUAAAAGAGAUCCUUUUAUAGGAGAACACACAGAAGAAAUACUUCGAGAAUAUGGAUUUACCAAGCAAGAGAUCACUAAGCUUUAUUCUGAUAAAGUAAUAGAAUUCUGUAAACCAAAAGCUAAUUUGUAAUCUCUGACUAUGCAGAUCAUACAAAUUUUAGGCUGAUGCAGUACAUUUUUUGCAUUCAUGGUACAGCUUUAAAAGAUACAUUUAAAAAAUUAUUAAAGUCUUAAAUUUGAUUGAAAAUGGAGAGCUCUGUACUUGGGUACCUGAGUGGUCUGCAAUCUGGAAUGAUACCAAAAUCGUUUUCUGAAGAUCUGUAUCCUCUGAAAUGUUUCUUUAAUUCUUUAAAUUGUAAUAUAUGUUGUAAUUACAUGAAGACAAUACUUUUCAUAAAA